GUCUCAUAUUUCUAUAUUCCUACAAAAUUGGUUAGUGAGAUGGAGAGGAAGAAAAAGAAUGCAUCUUCCAAAUCCAGAAAAAGUGGAUCUCAGAGACACAAUGCUGGAGCAAGUAACCAGUUGACAGUCUGUCAUGGCUAUGUAGCUAGUUCUUAUCAUACAGGAAUUAUUUCUGGAUUCAUGUUGAUAUCUUCUUAUAUGGAAAGUGUGGCAUCAAGUGGGAAAAUGGUAAAAGCAGUAAUAAUAGGUCUUGGAGCAGGUUUACUUCCCAUGUUUCUUCAUGGCUGUGUCCCCUUUUUAGAGAUCGAGACUGUGGAGUUAGACCCCGUGAUUGUUGAUAUUGCAAAGGACUACUUCAGUUUUAUGGAGGAUGAACGACUAAAGGUGCACAUAGCUGAUGGGAUCCAAUUUGUACAAGAGAUUGACAAUUCGGGAGUGGCUCAAAUUCAUGGAAAAAGUAAUGACUGUAGUUACACAGAGUCUCCUUUAAUGAAAGUUCUACUGUGUCUCAUGCUGGUGCAGAACUUACAAAAGUUGAUAUCAUUAUUGUUGAUGUGGACUCUUCGGACCCAAGCUCGGGAUUGACAUGCCCUGCUCCAGAUUUUUUGGAUGAGUUUUUUCU